UUGCACAUCCGGAGGGGUGCCUGUCUAUGGUCUCCUAAUGGAGUUCCAACGUCAUAAUUUGUGUCAGUGGGGGCCUGCGUUCGCGCGGCCCCUUCCCUAUUCUCAGUUGAAACUACUAUUAAAUCAGACCUCAUAAUAUUAUAUAUCUCAGCUUUGGUGAUAGAGGAUAGCUUGUCAUAAGGUUGGUUAUGGAAGGUAUAAAAGGCAUAAAUUUGACAAAAUUUAAUCACGAGGACAGAGGACUUACCGCGAUGCCAUAAUAUUGGAGCAGUUAAGGACGUGUCAAAGCCUCGAUAAAUGGUGCCAAAAGCCUCCAAACCAAAUUAAAAUGAAUUUUUAGCACAAUUUGAACUAAGAAUGAAGAUCAAAACUGGAUAAUAAUUUCGGACGGACGGAGAAAUGAUUCCCCUAAAGAAUCAAUCUGAUCAUAUAAUUCCAAGCCAACCUCAGAUGCUUUACAUAAAUGAAUUUGCCAUAGCUUUGUCGUUUCCCGACAACUCAUCGAUUAGGAAUCUUUCAGACCUUAUUAAACAUUUGACCUCGUUGAUUGACGGCAACAUUGCAUAACAAUCCAAAUGCCAAAAACAGAGCCAUAAUAUUCUUCCAAAACCAUGUCUAACUUUCUCGCCUUUGCUACUUCCACUCUACUCCCUUUGAUUGCUCUGCCUAUUAUGUAUUGGGUUACAAAAAACCUUCCCAAAACUAAACCAAAGAGAACAAAAACCAACCUUGUUUUCUAUGUUCAUGACAACUUCAGCGGGCAUGACACUUCUGCCGUAACAGUGGCUGGCUGUAAUGGGCCGACGACGAGCGUGUUGAAGUUUGGGACUCUAGUUGCGGUGGAUGAUCCAGUUACUGAAGGCCCAGAUCGGGAUUCCAGAGAAAUAGGGAGGGCUCAAGGUUUGUACAUCAAUUCCCAGAUGGAUGGGAAGGGUCUGCAUUUGGUGUUCUCUGUGGUAUUCACCGAAGGAGAAUACAAAGGGAGCAGUUUGGAGAUUCAAGGCCCUGAUCCUUUUUCCGUUAAGGAAAGGGAGUUUUCUGUUGUUUCCGGGACUGGGUUUUUCAGAUUUGUCAGGGGGUAUGGGAUUAUGACUACUGAGUUCAUUGAUAUACUUAAUCUGAGGGCCAUUCUUAAACUUGAUGUCACUGUUAAGCAUGAUUCUGACGAGUGAUUUUGUCCGAAGCUGAGUAAUCAUAAAAACGUGUAAACUUUACCUGGAAUUAGCUGUUUUUCCUUUCCCAAUUUUAUGUCAUCCAGUUUACUUUUUGAUCUUGAGAAUGAUGGGUCAUGCUGAAUAGAGUUCAAUUAUCAUUUUCUACUUUGUCAUAUGAGCAAAAGCAAAAUCGAAAACUUCAUCAAGG